UCAUCCAAAGCACCGUUUGGACUAUAAAAUAAGUUGCUAACUACUUUAGUUAGCAAACUGUUCAUCAUCAUGUCAGUCCGAGGGUGUUUGAUAAUAUUUGUUGUUCUAUUUGGAUUAGCGAGUGCUGCAAAACUUAAAGCACCUGCAGAAAAGAAAGGAGAAUGCGUGGAUAAUACUUUGUACGCUAAACACGUGUGUGAAAAUCAGAAAGAUGGUGAAAAACUUUUAGUUCCUGGCUCCUGCUCCGACUACUAUUUGUGUUCGAAAGGAGUAAGCGAAAAGAAGUCUUGUUCGAAAUUCUUUGAUCCUUCAUCAAAGAAGUGUGUUUCAACAUCAACAUGUGUCGAGGUCGAUAAUACAGACUGUGUCAUACCAACACCGCCACCAUGUGGUGUAACCCCAUCAACUCCACCACCUUGUGAAUGCCCAACGACACCAGAACCACCAACUUGUCCACCUAUUGUCUGUCCAACUGCUCCCACGUGUCCACCACCAGUUGAAUGUCCUGAACCAGUUGAGUGCCCAGCUCCUCCAACGUGUCCAACAGAACCCCCAACAGAACCACCAACUGAACCACCAACCCAACCACCAACCGAACCACCAACUGAACCACCAACAGAACCACCAACAGAACCACCAACAGAACCACCAACUGAACCACCAACAGAACCACCAACCGAACCACCAACUGAACCACCAACCGAACCACCAACUCAAACGCCAUGUCCUGGACUUGGACCUGGCCCAUGUAAUAGUUAUUACAACCCCGAGGAUUUAUACGGCACAUAUGCCUGCAAACAUCAAAAAGACGGAGCUAUGUUAAUUGUUCCUUCAAACUGUCGUGAAUAUCUUUAUUGCAUGGGUGGAUGGUCUUACCUCAAGAGCUGUGGAAAAGAUCAAUACUUCAAUCCGUUGUAUAACGCAUGUGAUAAAAAGAGCAACGUAAACUGUCCAUCGGACUCAUAGACGUCAAAUACUUCAAAUUUUUUCAAGCUGCUUUAAUUUGCUGAACUUCAUCAUUUUCGUUUUUCUGUAAAAUUGUUAUGACGAAUUUAAAAAGUAAUAAAGCAAAGACAUUGAAAAUU